GAAACCGAAGCCAAGAAAGCCUGUGAGUGGCUGCGGGCGGCGGGAUUCCCUCAGUAUGCGCAGCUCUAUGAAGACUCAUUGUUCCCUCUCGACAUUGGUGCUGUGAAGAAGGACCACAGCUUCCUGGACAAGGACUCCCUCAAAUCCCUGUGCAGGAGGCUGAUGACCCUGAACACGUGUGCCUCCAUGAAGCUGGAAGUUCACUUUCAGCGUAAACAGAAUGAAGACUCUGAGGAGGAAGACCUGUGUGCCAUCAGUGACCGGUGGACUUUCCAGAGGGACAGCAAGAGGUGGUCCCGGGUGGGGUCCGUCGACAUCCUCUCCCAGGGCUCUGAGGUGCUGGACUGCAGCAUGAGGCCGGUGUCCAGCCGUGAGAGCAUCCUCACGGACCUCAGCACCAACCCGGAGGCCGCGUCCCUGCACAGCAGCGGCAGCACGGGCAGCGCGGGCGGCACUCCGGGCACGGGGACUGUCCCUCCCAGCCCCCUGUCCCCCCCCUGUGCCAUCGCCACCUCCAGCCGCAGCCUGAGCCAGCACUCCCUGCCAGGGCAGCCCCCAGGCCGUGGCCAGGGCUCCAAGGAGAAGCUGAAGAAGCGACGGUCUCGCAGCUUCCUGAAGAGAAUCGAGUCCCUGCGGAGGAAGGACAAGGAGAAAGCCGACCUGGAAGAGAAGGUGGCCCCGCAGGGCAGCACAGCAGCCACCCCAGCAUGGGGGUCCCUGAAGAUGGACGUGGCGGCCGCCAAGGCCAGCUCCCCUAAAAGAGGGAUAUCUGCCUCUUUCCGUGGCAAAAAACACUUCUUCUCGGUAUCGCACAGGACUCACCGCCUGCAGGGCUCGGGUGGGAGCAAGGGGAGCUCCGAGCCCAAACGCGGGGCCGCCUGCCCGGAGGAGCUGGGGGGGGCUGGGGCUGCCGGAGCCUGCCGGGGGGACCGCCGCGUCUACAUCCCCCGCGACCACAAGCCGGGCACCUUCCCCAAAGCCCUCUCCAUCGAGAGCUUGUGUCCCUUGGGCGGCAGCUCCCUGGCCCACUGGAAAGCGGGGAAUGCAGGGACGGGGCUGGAGGGAGGAGGAGGAGGAGGCAGCAGCAGCAGCGCGGGGGGCUCGUCCUCCCCACGGGGCUUCCCCUGCCGCCGGCGCCGCGGCUCCUGCAGCUCCCUGGGCAGCCGGGUCAGCGUGUACGACACCGUGCCAGAGACUGGCAGCAGCGAGGAUUUCUGCAAGGAGGACGGGGAGGUGACCUACGAGAACCUCGACGACAUCCUGCAGCACAUGUGGGGCCUGCAGCAGAAGGUGGAGCUCUGGUACAAAGCCAUCUCCCCGGAGCGGGGCGAGGAGGAUGAGGAUGAGGAUGAGGAAGAGGAGGAUGGGGAAUCGGACUCGGGAGGGGAACCCUCCAACCUAAAGCUGCGCUGGCACAGCUUCCAGAACUCGCACCGGCCCAGCCUGAACUCGGCCUCCCUGGAGAUCAACCGCCAGUCUUCAGCCCAGCUCAACCUGCUCCAGAAGUGCUCCCUGCUCCGCCUCACAGCCAUCAUGGAGAAGUACUCUGUGCCCCACAAGCAAGCCUGGACCUGGACUGUGCCCAAGUUCAUGAAGCGCAGUAAAGUCCCCGACUACAGGGACAAGACAGUCUUUGGGGUGCCCCCCAUCAUCAACGUGCAGCGGACGGGGCAGCCGCUGCCGCAGAGCAUCCAGCAAGCCCUGCGCUACAUCCGCAGCCAGUGCCUGGACCAGGUUGGUAUUUUCCGCAAGUCAGGGGUGAAGUCCCGGAUCCAGGCUCUGCGGCACAUGAACGAGACCAGCCCCGACCACGUCAGCUACGAGGGGCAGUCUGCGUACGACGUGGCCGACCUGCUGAAGCAGUAUUUCCGCGACCUGCCCGAGCCCAUCUUCACCAGCAAGCUGACCGACACCUUCCUGCAGAUCUACCAGUUCGUGCCCAAGGAGCAGCGGCUGCAGGCGGUGCAGGCGGCCGUCGUCCUCAUGCCGGACGAGAACCGGGAGGUUCUGCAGACCCUGCUCUACUUCCUGAGUGACAUUGCUUCUGCUGAGGAGAACCAGAUGACCGCCGGGAACCUGGCCGUGUGCCUGGCCCCCUCCAUCUUCCACCUCAACGUGUCCAAGAAGGAGAGCACCUCUCCAAGGGUGAUACACAAGAGAGGCACCAUGGGGAAGCCUGACCAGAAGGACCUCAAUGAGAACAUGGCUGCGACGCAGGGGCUCUCCCACAUGAUCACUGACUGUAAGAAGCUCUUCCAGGUCUCCCAUGACAUCUUGCUCCAGCUGAGCAGCUCCUAUAUGGCAGCAGAUGCUUACCCCCAUCCCCUGGCUGACCUCAUGUGCCAGGGGGAAAGCAAGGAUUUACACUCCUACUUCGAGCAGAGUGUCCAGAACCUACUCAAAGAGUCAUCUGAGAAGUUCAAGGGGUGGCUGAGCACCCCGGGGCCCCUGAACACAGAGCUCUCCUGCAAAAAGGUUGGAGAUGGGCACCCUCUGCGCUUGUGGAAAGUCUCCACAGAGGUGGAAGCCCCCCCUGCCACGGUGCUGCACCGGGUGCUCCGGGAGCGUCACCUCUGGGAUGAGGACCUGCUGCAGAGCAAAGUGGUGGAGGCCCUGGAGAAGAACAUGGAGGUCUAUCACUACGUGACGGACAGCAUGGCACCCCACCCGCGCCGGGACUGCGUGGUGCUCCGGCGCUGGUGCACAGACCUGCCCCGGGGAGCCUGCCUGCUCAUCUCCAUCUCGGUGGAGCACGACAAGCUGCUGGUGGAGGGAGGAGGUGUCAAAGCCAUCAUCCUGAUGUCCCAGUACCUCAUUGAGCCCAGCGCCGUGGGACGUUCCAAAGUGACCCACAUCUGCAGAGCUGACCUCAGGGGCCGGUCUCCCGAGUGGUACAACAAGGUCUUUGGCCACCUCUGCGCCAUGGAGCUGGCAAGGAUCCGAGACUCCUUCCCAGCCCUGAGUCCCAGUGGCCCCGAGACAAAGAUCUGA